CCGCCGCGGAGCAAGGCUGCCUCCAGAGAGCGCCCGGGCGCAGAAGGGUUAACGGGCCGCCGGGGCCGCGCAGAGCAGGAUCUUAAAGGGGUGGAGCAGUCUUCCCCCACCCCUCCAGCCUCAGUCUGAGAUGUCCUUCUGAGGAGUCAUCCCUCCCAACCCCCAGCUUUCUGGAGACUGGAGAGGUAACCACCAGGCUUCUGUCCCUGCAGAGUGCACCCCCUCCACGCCCAGAUGCCUGAGUAGUGUGUUUACUUCCGGUCCCCUCCUCCCUUGCCCCAUGGCAACCAAGGGAGGAGCCAUGAAGGAGUGGGCGGGCAGGCCCCAGUUGUAUCUGAUGCUGCUUCUGUCCCUCCCUCAGCUCUGCCUAGAUCAGGAGGUGUUAUCUGGAUACUCUCUUCAGACACCCCCUGAGGAGGGCCAGGGCCCUGAGGGCGUCUGGGGUCCUUGGGACCAGUGGGCCUCUUGCUCCCAGCCCUGUGGGGUGGGAGUGCAGCACAGGAUCCGGAUGUGUCAGUUCCCUACAGCUCAACUCCACCAGGGCCUGCCCCUCCCACCCCGGCCCCCAAGACAUCCAGAAGCCCUGCUCCCCCGGGGUCAGGGCCCCAGACCCCAGCCUUCCCGAGAAACCCUCCCCCUGUACAGGCCAGAGCCUCGGGGAACAGGUGGCCCACUUGGAGGUCCUGUUUCCCAAUUAGGGAGAGAGGAGGCCCAGGAGACUCAAGGAGCCAGGAGGUCCCGGGUUCGAGACCCCAUCAAGCCAGGAAUGUUUGGUUAUGGCCGAGUGCCCUUUGCUUUGCCACUCCAUCGGAACCGCAGGCACCCCCGGAGGCCAUCCAGAUCUGAGCUCUCCCAGGCCUCAGAUCUUCCAUCCCUGACUCCAAGGGCAGAGCCAUCCUCUCCAAACCAUACCCCUCAAACUCACCUCCCUCCUACAGAACUGUCUGCCCACACCUUGUCCUCCCCAGCAGAACCCACAAGCCCCGAAACUGCUCAGACAGAGGUGCCCUCUAGAACCAGGCCUGAUCCCACACGGCCCCACCCCAGAGCCCAGGCCUCUGGCACAGAGCCUCCCUCGUCCAUCUUUUCCCCAGGAGAAAGUAGCUCCUUCCACGUGUCCCCUCAGCCAAGAAUGCCAAGUUCCCAGAGUUGGGCCAGUCCCCGGGUGGCAGAGAGACACCCUAAUCCUUUCCUUUCUGUCCCUCGGGGCCGAGGCCAGCAGAGCCGGGAGCACUGGAGACCUGGGGGGAAUCUUCACGGGUCCCUCACAGAGUCUGCCCCGUACCACCCAGAUGGCUGGCUGCCUCUGCUGAGUGCUGGCCCCCACUCCAGCUCCCUCUGGAGCCUCUUUGCUCCCGGUAGCAUUGUCCCAAGAUGUUCUGGGGAGAGUGAGCAGCUGAGAGCCUGCAUCCAAGCGCCCUGCCCCCCUGAGCAGCCAGACCCCCGGGCCCUGCAGUGUGCAGCCUUUGACUCCCAGGAGUUCAUGGGCCAGCUCUACCAGUGGGAGCCCUUCACAGAAGUUCAGGGCUCUCAACGCUGUGAACUGAACUGCCGCCCCCGUGGCUUCCGCUUCUAUGUCCGUCACACCGAAAAGGUCCAGGAUGGGACCCUGUGUCAGCCUGGAGCCCCAGACAUCUGUGUGGCUGGACGCUGUCUGAGCCCCGGCUGUGAUGGGAUCCUUGGCUCUGGCAGGCGUCCAGAUGGCUGUGGAGUCUGUGGGGGUGAUGAUUCCACCUGUCGCCUCGUCUCGGGGAACCUCACUGACCGGGGGGGCCCUCUGGGCUAUCAGAAAAUCCUGUUGAUACCUGCUGGAGCCUCCCAGCUCCAGAUUGCCCAGCUCCGGCCCAGCUCCAACUACCUUGCACUUCGAGGCCCUGGGGGCCGGUCCAUCAUCAACGGAAACUGGGCUGUGGAUCCCCCUGGGUCCUACACGGCCGGUGGGACCAUCUUCCGGUACAACUGUCCUCCUCGAGAGGAGGGCACGGGGGAAACUCUGUCAGCCGAAGGCCCCACGACCCAGCCUGUGGAUGUCUACAUGAUCUUUCAGGAGGAAAAUCCAGGUGUUUUUUAUCAGUAUGUCAUCUCUUCACCUCCUCCAAACCCUGAGAACCCCACCUCAGAGCCCCGUAUCCCCCAACUCCAGCCUGAGAUGUUCAGGGUAGAGCCCCCACCCGCUUCAGCACCCCGCCCUGCCCGGACCCCAGGCACCCUCCAGCGUCAGGUGCGGAUCCCCCAGAUGCCUGCCCCGCCCCGUCUCAGGACACCCCUGGGCUCUCCAACUGGAUACUGGAAACGAGUGGGGUACUCUGAGUGCUCGGCAUCCUGUGGAAAAGGUGUUUGGCGCCCCAUCUUCCACUGCAUUUCUCGUGAGUCAGGAGAGGAACUGGAUGAACGCAGCUGUGCCAUGGGCGCCAGGCCCUCAGCCUCCCUAGAACCCUGCCACGGUCCCCCGUGCCCCCCAUACUGGGAGGCCGGCGAGUGGACGUCCUGCAGCCGCUCCUGUGGCCCUGGCACCCAGCACCGCCAGCUACGCUGCCGGCAGGAGUUUGGGGGAGGCGGCUCCUCAGUGCCUCCGGAGCGCUGUGGACAUCUGCCCCGUCCCAACAUCACCCAGCCCUGUCAGCUGCGCCUCUGUGGCCAUUGGGAGGUUCGUUCCCCCUGGAGCCAGUGCUCUGUGCGGUGCGGGCGCGGCCAGAGGAGCCGGCAGGUUCGUUGUGUUGGAAACAACGGUGAUGAAGUGAGCGAACGAGAGUGCGCAUCAGGCCCCCCGAGGCCCCCCAGCAGAGAGGCCUGUGACAUGGGGCCCUGCAUCACGGCCUGGUUCCACAGUGACUGGAGCUCCAAGUGUUCAGCUGAGUGUGGGACAGGAAUCCAGCGACGUUCUGUGGUCUGCCUUGGGAGUGGGGAGGCCCAUGGGGUGGGCCAGGAGGAAGUGGGAGCAGGAACCAGUGAGCAGAGCUGUGCACCAGGAAGCCGCCCCCCUGACAUGCGUGCCUGCAGCUUGAGGCCCUGUGAGAUGACAUGGUGCUGGUACAUGGGGCCCUGGACUGAGUGCUCCUCAGAAUGUGGCUCUGGCACACAGCGUAGAGACAUCAUCUGUGUGUCCAAACUGGGGGCUGAGUUCAAUGUGACAUCUCCUAGCAACUGUGCCCACCUGCCCAGGCCCCCUGCCCUGCAGCCCUGUCAGGGGCAGGACUGCCAGGACCGAUGGUUUUCCACACCCUGGAGUCCGUGUUCUCGUUCCUGCCAGGGGGGCAUGCAGACAAGGGAGGUCCAGUGCCUGACCGCCAACCAGACCCUUGGCAUCCGAUGCCCUCCUCACCUGCGGCCCUCCAGGAGACGACCCUGUAACAGCCAACCCUGCAGCCAGCGCCCUGAUGAUCAAUGCAAGGACAGCUCUCCACAUUGCCCCCUGGUGGUACAGGCCCGGCUCUGCGUCUAUCCCUACUACACAGCCACCUGUUGCCGCUCUUGUGCCCAUGUCCUGGAGCGGUCUCCCCCGGAGCCCGCCUGAAAUGGGUCCAGGAGACCCUCUCCUCAUGGUUUUCUCAUGCUACCAUCAGUCACUCAUCAAUCAGCUCACUCUGUACCCUCUGGUUCUCCAGCCUGUCCUAGUCUCACCAGAGAUGUCCCCCAGGAUGGUUGAAGGUGGCAAGGUGACUGACAGUGACUAUCAAGACAUGUGGUUGGGUCUGUGUGGUGGUGUGAUGGUGUGUGUGCACAUAUGCCCCCAAAUGUGUAUCUGGGCCUCCACGGAUGUGUGUGCACUCAUAUGUGUGUAUCACUUCUCAAAAGGAAGUUAAACAGACUGAGAAGGAAUGGAGAGGGGACAAUGCCUGUGUCCCUGAGACUUUUCAGGGCUGAGAGGAAAGCAAGUUUGCAGCUCCUCAGUAAUCUGAGCUGCUUAGCGACUGGCUUCUGCAUCAAUCCUAACUUUGUGCCCUAAACUUCAUUUCUCAUGUUCAGGCCUCGUAUCUUCUAAACCACCCUUUUGUCCUCUGACCCAUCUCCCCUUACCUAGUCUCUCUGUCCCUACCUUUCAUAAUUAGCUAGGGAUGGGGGGUCAGCCACUGCCAAUCCUGCCUUACCCCAGGAAGAGAGCCUACCUCCUGAGAGCAGGAACCAGCUGGGCAGAGGAAGGAAAAGAGAAAAGUUAGAAUAAGAUACCCUAACCCCUGCUCCACUCCCCACCUCCUAAAACGGUUCCCACCCCAGAACUAAUUUAUUUUUUAUUAAAGAUGAUUAUGACAAAUGAGAAACAGGCUGUUUACUGUCCUCAUGGGAACCCAGCCAUACGGGCCACCUAAGCAAGCAAUGUGAGGUCAGAAUGAAGGGUGGGAAGGGGAACAGCACUCAGAGCCCAGGCGGAGAAGUUUGGGCCCAGAAAGGCAAAUGAGUGAGCCCCAGUCACCGCCUUGGUUAGAGGGACAGGAUCCUGGCUGACCCUGGCCCUGCAGGUUGGUCAUUGACCACUAGAGGUCACCACUUCUCCCAGUUUAGGUAUGGAGUUGGGAGCUUGGGUCCGGAGCCGAGGAAAAAACUGUGUGGUCUCUGGUGGGUUUCUCGGUAGGCUGAGGCUUUCUGUCAAGUCUCUUGGAAUCUAGUAGCACUUCUUUCAAUUUGUGGCUGAGCUGAACGGCAGCUGGCUUUUUAACUCUUUUUUCCUGUUCCCUUUAUUUCGCCCUGCCUUCCUGCCUCCCCCAUCCUUUCUGUUAUUACCCAUUUCCUUAUUAAGCUCUUGGUUUAUUGCUUUUCACUGGGUGAGGGGAAAGGAAGUGAUUUCUGCCCCCCCCUUCUCUCAGCGGUAAUCGCUGGAGAGGCGGGGCCUUGCCUGGCUCUCCGGGACUUGGGAGGGUGUAGUUGCGGGAGCAGCCGCGGCAGUACAGGAUGUCCUGCCAAAGACACAUUCUUCAGAGAUGUUUCACCAUAGUCUCCUCCCUCCCCACCCAUUUCAUCUCUCAAGGUAAAUAGCUUGCUAGAGGUGGUGUGAGAACGGACAGCCUUUCCUAUAAUACACAUCCUCUCCCUGACCCCUACAAUUCUGAGGUCUGAACCCAGGUCUCCACUUCUGGAAGCCAUACUUCCCAGGGGUCCCUGUGCCUAGGAAGGGGGGCAGUGCAACAGAACCAGACCAGCUUCCUUCCCCCCAUUCCUGCACCUCCACAAGUCUGGCUGAGGAAGACCAUUAAUAAAGGCCUGCAGCAACAGUUGAACUGAGUGACUACUAUUUCCUGAGCACACCCACACCCUGUGCAAGACACCAGAGUUGCCUGAGGAGACAAGACUUCUCUACGCUGGCAGCUCCCUCACAUCAUACUGUUGCCCAGGCUUUCCCUGGGUUGGAAGUGGCUGAGAAGGAAGACUUUGGACAACACCUUGGGAGGAGAGUGGUUAAGGAAGGAGGUAAAGGGAAUGGAGGGAAAGGAAAAUGAAACUGACUUUAGCCCAGAGAGAGGAAAGAGGGUACAAGGAAAGCCAUCUCAGUGUCUCUGCCCAACCCAGAGGAGGUGUCAGACGUGUCCCUCUUUUUGGUGAACCUGUUAGGGGAUCAAAGAUGUGGGGAACAGGGAAGUGGGACCUGAGCCAGCCCUGUAGAUACUGAGAACUGAAGGCGGAGUCCUAAAACUGAGGGAGGCCCUCCCCCAGCGAUUCCUGGAAGCUUUGCUGGCUGGGGCGGUGGCCCCUCUCAGCUGACUUCCCCGAACAAAGUUCCGCCUCCCUCUUACAGAGCCUCUCAGGGCUGUUGCUGGGCAGGCUGGAGUUUGGCCUCAGCCUGAGAACCAAUCACAGGUGUCGAAAGCAGCCACAGCCCCUCUUAGGGCUCCCCCAGCUGCAGCACCUCCUUUCUCUUUCUGAUAGCCCCUGAGCUCCCUCCCGGCCUCCAGCCUCUGACUUUCAAGGAGGUGGGCUUUCAUCUGGGGAUUUGUCCCCUUUCCCCUCUCACUUUAAAGCUAAGGGCCAGUGCCACCCCUAAGGAGUCUUUCCUCUGGUCACUGAAGUCAGUAUGGGGUCAAUGUGGAAGUUCUCAGGAAGGGGAACCUGACCCCAAGCAACCCCUUUUCCUCCCUGGCUCCUUAGGGGGGAGUAGUGUGGCCAUACACCUCUUUCUUGACCUCUGAAACCAUCUGGAGGGCCUUGGGAGAGAGGAAGCUGCAACCCAAGGCCCAGGAGAUGUGGUGGAGGGGCCCCUAGGUUUGGUGCACUGAGGGGAGUUUAGGGAAGGACUUAGAGGAACUGGACCCCUGAGAACUGAGGUGGGGGUGGGAUGGUGAUAGGAACAAUCUUGAUAUGCACAAGAGAGAUCAAGCGUGCAGAAGGCCAGCAAAUUGCUGAGGGCUCCUCAUUUCUGAGUGCUGGGGGAAGGGGAUUGUGCUUCUCUAUGAGUGUACUUAGGAGUGAACUUGUGAGGUCUCAGUUCAGCUGGGUCAGAAUUCCUCUCCCCUCCCCCCUCCCAGCUUCCCCAGGGUAAUUACCCACCCAAUUAAGCAGCAGCCUUCAGACUAAAUUUAGCUCCUAGACUUCCCCAACCCCAGGGCCUCCCUGCAAGCAGGUGCUCACAGCUGCAGGGCUGGGUCUGUGGAGACCUGUACUCUACUCACAUAGAUAUGAGUCAAACUCUCUGGUAUAGGACUGAAGCAGAGCACAGGAACCCAGUUGCCAGCCAAUGGCAUGAGUGUCUUGGCCUUAAGGCACCCUCUCUCAGGAGCCCUUUAGUGGCGCUAAGGUCAAGGAUCUGGGUAGACCUCAAGCAGGAGGAGGGCAGAGGGAUUAGAGUGAGAAUAAAAUGCAAGGAGACGCUCCCCUCAAGAUUCUCUCCAACCAGAGCUUUCCCCUUCUCCCCAGUUUUACAAAUAGAGACUUCGUUUUAAUACCCUCCUCCACCAGAGUCAACUGAAUCAGGGAGAACUCUUCUUUCCUUGACCCAUGAAGAAUCAUGCUAGAGAUUAUAGCUUGGGGGGUGGGGUGAGGCUGGAGAUUCCUACGUUCCCACCUUCUCUCCUACCAACAUCCCUGCAAUCUCUGGUGCUGGGAGGCAGCUGUGUGGGGAUGUUAGAGAAGAGGGGGCUUAUUUGUCACAGGCAGGUGAUGAAGAGGUGUCAGCUUUAAAGGGUGGGAGGCACCUUCUACAGGAAGUAGUCUCAGGAAAGUACCUAAGUCUAAGUCUGUCAACAAGAGAGAUAAACAAUUUGGGUUAACCUCAAACUAGACAGCACAAAUCCUGAAUCUGAAUUUGGGCUCCUUGACCCAGGAGACUGGGGAAAACUUUAGAGGAGGGUGUUUCAGGGCUGAGGUCUGAAGGUAGACAGGAUCUGAGGGAAGAAUGUGCAUGACUUGUCCAUAACAAGGUACGCAUGAGCCAUGGCAAUCAGCCACAUGAGCUGAAGGGGAGGUGCAGAGAUGGCCAGGAACCAGACAGAUGGAGCCUUUUCUCAGUGGGCCCCAGAGAACUGUGUAUGAGUGGCCUGGGAAAGCACCUCAGUAGUUAGAAGAGGGAUGAGUUCACUUUCAGG